AUGAAUGCCUUGAACUUGAGAGUGCAGGGUUUAUGUCUCAGUCCUCUGCGUACUGCCUCUAAACAGUCGAGAUACCGAGGCUGGGUCUACCUGCCGGCUGGUCAGGGUGCUGGCAACCUGCCGGAGGGUGGGACCUACGUUACGAUUGCCAGUGCAGACCUGGCAGACUUCACUGUGGUGCUCGAGACCUUGCAAGGCAGCUGCAUGUACAAUGACGGUUGUUUGCACAGCAUCAAGGCAGAGGCAACGCAGAGCCUCCAGCUUCAGCUCAGCAGCAAACUGGCCGCUGCGGCUCGGGGUCGUAGUCUUGAGGUCUGGGCAACAAAUAGCAGCCACUGGUUUCAGCGACUGCCUGAUACGCAAGUGACAGAGCAAGGCUUCUUGAGGAUCGACAUGCCGGUGGACGCGAUCAUCACCAUCAGUACUCUCGGAACUGCCACCAAGCAGGGAAACCGCACCGCAGCUGCGACUUUGCUACAGGCGCAGGUGCCGCCACAACAGCCCUUCCCUUUUCCAUUUCACGAGGACUUUGAGUCGCAGCCCCUGUACCGAGCUGCCGCCUUCUUUGCAGACCAGGGUGGUGCGUUCGAGGUGGUCGAGGCCCCAGCCGCCGCUGCUGACAGGAGCGAUCUUCAAACGACACGCGUCCUGGAACAACAGGUCACCACACCCCCGAUCGGCUGGGGACCUGCAACUCAGCCAAUGACCCUGCUUGGAGACGUCAAUUGGACCGACCUUGCUGUCAAUGUGGCCGCGCGCUUUUCAAGUCCUGCACCUGGCCUGUUAUUGCCAUUCGGCCACUUCACACCGCUCGUGCCUUUCGGCCAUGCCAUGGGGAGCAACUUCGCGUCUUUGGGUGGGCCGGGAGUUCUGGAGCCGUCUGUUGAGUCCACGACGCCAGACGAGGUGCCCACGCCAAGGCAAGUGGUCCUUUGCCUCCGGGCAGCUCGCUACACUUUCUUUGGUGCUACCGGAGGUCAGACUGAAGGCUACUGCGUCCGCAUCAUCCAGAACAACACCUCCUCGCGCCCGGCCUGGCUGCUGACGAUCUCCUCGAAGAUCGUGGCUUCUGGAUACCUCAGCUCGGAGGCCUCCCAGAAGGUUGUUCAUGGAGGCUGGCUGCAGCUUGGAAUGGAGGCCUACAAAGCAAGGAUCUCCGCGCUCGUCGAAGGCGAGAAAGUGGCUGAGAUCGUCGACGUGAGCUAUCCACUUGGACAGGUUGGCCUUGGCUGCGGCUACCACAGAUGUCAGUUUGACAACCUGGAGGUGCGGCCAGCGAAAGGUACGGCAGUCACAGGCCUUCUCGCGACUUCCCGACCGCUCCUGAAGCAGUACGAUCCAGUGAUGUUUCACUACAACGCACGCAGUUGCGAACCAUCGCCAACUCCAACUAGAACGCGGACGGACUUCACCGGCUUGAUUGGCUUGGCCUUUGUGCCCCGGCAGCCAACUGCGGUGACGGCAUUGGGCCGACUGGCAUUGCGGGGGAGCCAAUCGCUUUAUGCAGCGCACAGCGUUGAACUUCUGGAGUUGGAUGAAAUCACUGGUCUUCACCUCCUGGCUGUGGUGGCCGUGUCUACCUUGGAGACACAGCAGGCCGGUGCCGUCACCACGGACGACGGAUUCCACUAUGCGCUGCUCGAGAAAGAGGUAGUCUUGCAGACGAACAAGACGUACGUCUUGGCCUCGUCCGAGCUGAAGGAUGGAGAUCCUUUCUUCGACGAGGGCGGCGCCGCUGCACCUUCAGAAGGCCUUGACAUCCUGGGCCCUGUGUACGCAGACGAGCAGGAUGGAUGGCACUUUGAGGCAUACCCCAACAUGCUGUAUGGCCCUUUGAAUGCUCUCCUCAUUCCGGCGACGGCAGAGGCUUUGCCUGCUGCAAGCAAGACACGACCCGGUGAUGUGUCCGACGGUCCUCAGCCCUCUCAGCCAAGUCCGCAGCCUGAUGCCGGUGCAUCGCCAACGGUGAGGCAGAAGCACUCAGAUCCACCCGCACAGCCUUUGCCUAGUCAGGCCAACACGGAGCAGGUGCUCUUCAGACCAGCUGCGCAUGAUGCAGCCGCGCUGGCCGUGAAUGAUGAGGCAGAACCGAAGUGGCAAAUUGAGGUGGUGGAGGACAGAACCGUUGAGGAGAAAGAGCUUCGAGAGAGCAGCUGA